AUUAUUACCACUGAGGGAACUAAAUGAUCAUAUUGAGGCACAAAUCGGUAAAUGCAGGGAACUCGAUUUGUAAUUUGAGGAGGCCACAGAUAACUAAUUUAAAGGUUUAGUUUGUUUCAAAUGUUCCCCUGAACACCUGCUGCCCAGUUCUGUUCUGUCGAAAGUUAUAAAACUGGUUCCUCAUGAUCUCACAGGAGUUUCAGUUCUUAUUUUUUUCUGAUCGGAGGCAAAGUGAAGCUUUAAACAGUAAACUCGUUGCAGCAGCAGCAGCUCUCUGGAUUUUAGUGAGACGGAUAAGAUGAGGUGCUUGGUGCUGCCCCUGCUGGUGAGUCUGAGUCCUGCGGUUCUGGUCCUGCUGCAGCUGCCUGACAUCACCACCACACACGAAGGCCAUUGGGAGGACUACAAAUAUGGCCGCCAAGACCACCACUCAUGCUCCUGGAAAUGCCUCCUGUUCACCGUGCAGUGGCCUGCUGGGUUCUGUCAGUCUUUGAACAAUGAGUCUCUCUGCAGGAUUCCUCCGAGCGUCAACAACUGGACGAUCCACGGUCUGUGGCCUCUUCGGGCACAGAAAUGCUGCAACUGCUGGCCAAUGUUCCACUCUGACAUCCAGGAGCUGGAGGGAGAGCUGGAUGAACGAUGGCCGUCGUUACUCAAAACCAGAUCCAGCUUCAAGUUCUGGAAAGCGGAGUGGGAGAAACACGGAGCAUGUGCAGCAUGUGUUGAAGGAAUGAACUCACCGCUGAGAUAUUUCCAGAUUGGCCUCAAACUACAUGGACAGUUUGAUUUCCACAAAGCUCUGGAGGACGCUGGUAUCACUCCAUCCUGUGAACGACCCUACAAGGUUGCAGAGGUGCACAGCGUCCUGGCUCCACUUCUGGGUGACGGACAUGUGAUCCAGUGCGUUACAGAUGAAAAGGAACGAGAGGUGUGGUUUCAGGUGAAGAUCCCUCUAUCUCACAACCUGACCCUCGGCUGUGAUCACCAUGGCGACACUGAUGGGGACCCAGUGGUCGGGUCAGGCCCAGAACGGGAGCCCCAUCCCGCUGGACAUCCCUGCCCCCCUCAGAUCCCUUUCUACUACUUCCCCAUAGACCACCAGCAGCCGAAGAGACCCUGUGACUAACAGUCGGCCUCUCUUUGUUUUCAGAUCCUGACUCAAGACUUUGAUUGUGUGUAAUCGAUAACUCAAUAGACAGAAAGUUAAUCACCAACUAUUUUCAUAAUUGAUUAAUUGUUUUGAGUCAUUUUUUAAGGUUCAAAAUGCUAAAAUUC